AUCGAGGGUUCGGCGGAGAAAGUUCCCCGUGGCGAGUCGGAAGCCUACUUUCAUCAGCGUCCUCGUGCCAGCCAAAUCGGCGCUCUGGCCAGCCCGCAAAGUCAACCGAUUCCAAACCGAGACUAUCUGGAUCAGAAGGAGCAGUCCAUCAAGGACCAACUGGGACCGGACGGUGAAGUUCCGUUGCCAAACUGGGGUGGAUAUUUGGUGCGACCGCGUACGAUCGAGUUCUGGCAGGGACAAACCAAUCGACUGCAUGACCGCAUUCGAUUCCGGCAACAGUUAAAGGAGGGAGAAAAGGCUGACGGAAAGGUGCUGCAUCAAGGAGAGGGUGGAUGGUUCUAUGAUCGGCUGGCUCCGUAAGGGUCUGUUCACAAAUUACGUAACGCAAAAAUCCGAGUUUUUGACCCCCUCCCUCCCCCUCGUAACAAAAA